AUGAAAUUGUCGCAGCAAUUGGAACGAAAUCCCGUAAUUGCGGAAAAACUUCGGAAGCAUGUGUUAAAGAAACGAUCUCAAGAAAGUGAAGAUGCAAAUUCCAAGAGGUUUGUUCAUCGUGGAGCUAUCAAAAUUCCAAACAAAGUCGACGAUAUUGAUUUACAACCAAACUUUCCUAGUAGUACUCCAAAACUUAGGAAUGUUUUCUAUGAUCCUACUCAAAAUGAAAUGUUCGAUAUUGGCACGGAUAUCGAUAACGUUGAGCUAGACCCGAGUACACGAAUGGAUACAGUUACGAAAACUGUUGGAAAAUCGGAAGAUAACAGUAAAAAAAUGGCAAAAGGAAAAAAUCGUGUGGUGAAACCACGAAGACGAGACAAAGCUCCAAUUCCAACAAGAAAUGUUGAAGAAGAAGAGGAAGAUGAAGAGGCUGAAGAUGGAUCAUCUGAAGCAGGUUCAGAAGAAUCCGGUUCCGACGAUCCGGAGAUCGAACCUUUUGAGUUCCCAUUCCGUCUUGCCAUGUAUGAUUUCAAUCAGUGCGAUCCCAAACGAUGCUCAGGUCGCCGUUUGGUCCGAGUCAAACUCAUCAACGAAAUUCGCCUUGGCCAGCGGUUUCCUGGACUAGUUCUGAGCCCAACGGGAACUCACACACUCGCACCAAUUGAUAGAGCGUUCGUCGAGCAGAAUGGACUUUGUGUAGUUGAUUGCUCUUGGAAAGAAGUGGAACGGACCCCAUUGCAUCGUGUCAAAGCGCCAGAACAUCGACUUCUUCCAUAUUUGGUUGCUGCAAAUUCCGUGAAUUAUGGAAGACCGUGCCAUCUGAACUGCGCGGAAGCAAUGGCUGCUGGCCUUUAUAUUCUCGGCUUCGUCGAAGCUGCUCAAGAACUCAUGAAGCCGUUCUCUUGGGGCGCGCAUUUCUUGGAGCUUAACAAGGAAAUCCUGGACAUCUACGCAGCGUGCAAUACACCUGAAGAAGUCAUCGCCGCGCAGAACGCUUAUUUGGCAAGGAUUGAUGCCGAAAGAGCAACACAGAAUCGAGAUAUUGAUCUACCACCAACGGACAGCGACGAAGAAUAUGAAGAUGAAGAGUUGGAAGAAGAAGAAGAAUAA